CUCGUCUCUUCUCUUCUUCUCAGGAAACACAUUUGGGGAAAAAGAAAAUCUCAGGAUUUGUCGCCGCCGCCGCCGCCGCCGCCGCCGCCUCGGUUGCUUCGUUUUAGAGUCGGUCGGGACAGAUCAGACCGAAGAAGGGCGGGCAUGGUUGUUGUGUAUGAGCAGGAUCCCGAUGUUCUCCGAUGGAACCUUCAUCUGCUCCUCCCGCCUGCCGCGGCGCUACCCUACCACCAACAUCAACACGACGCCGUCGCCAACGACGAGAUGAUCGCCCACGCACUCCAGGAGGAGCUCUCCAACGUUGCCUUCGCCGAGGCAUCAGCCUCCUCCUCCUCCUCCUCCUCUUGUGUUCUUACGCAACGCUGGUCUCUUCCCUCUGCUCCUCCUCUAAAGGAUGAUGGGAAUUACGAUUCAGCACCGUCGGCAGCGGAACCCUUUGCUUCAUGUUCUAGCCCUGGAGAUAAUGCCCAGGAUUGCGUAAUCGAGUUUGUUGACGAUUUCUCUGCCCUAGAUGGCCAAGUUGGGAAAAGAUUAAGCGACAUGAUUCCCAUUCCUCAUGUUCCAAAAACAAAUGGCGAAAUUCCUUCUGUUGAUGAAGCCUUCUCAGAUCACCAAAGGCUCCUUGACAGGUUGGUGCUGUAUGAUCUGGCUGAGCUCAAGGUUAAAGGAGAUGGCAAUUGUCAGUUCCGAGCAUUGUCCGAUCAAUUUUACCGCAGUACUGAACACCACAGAUUUGUUCGGCAACAAAUAGUGAGACGGCUUGAAUCUUACCCGGAAAUUUACGCGGGAUAUGUCCCUAUGGACUAUAGGGAAUAUCUCAAUAAGAUGAUAAAGAAUGGGGAGUGGGGUGACCAUGUUACAUUGCAGGCUGCUGCAGACUCGUAUGGUGUGAAGAUUUUCAUCCUGACAUCAUUCAGAGAUACCUGCUAUAUUGAAAUUCUUCCUGUUGUUCAGAAAUCAGAAAGAGUUAUAUGCUUGAGCUUUUGGGCUGAGGUGCAUUACAACUCGAUAUAUCCGGAAGGAGAGUUACCAGCGCUGGAGAACAAAAAGAAAAAAUGGUGGCAUUUCUAGAUCAGCAACUGGUGUGCAGCCAUUCCAUUUGAUUUGCUGUUGGUCAGAUCAAUGGUUAUUUUGUUGGGGCUGUGUAGGAUUGUUGGUUCUGUACAUAAACACAUUUAGUUAGUAGGAUAGGACCAUAGGAGCAGAUAUAGUACUGACAGCAUGCAGAAGGAUGUAUCAUCAUGAACUGUUGGAUAUUGAUGUUAUAUAUGACGGAAUCGAUUCUUUUCUUCCAA